AUGGUAUGCUUUAUGAAUUGUGAAAAAAUUAAAAUCAUUGAUCAUUAUGCAAAACUUUUUCAUGAUGAUUCACGUGAAACUGUACCUGAUUUAUCAACAGCUGUUUAUGAAAGACGUUCAUAUCCUGAAGAUGUUCAUUUUUGUUUAUGUGAAACAGUUCGAUGUGAUGCAGAAGUAUUACGAGCUAAUUCACGUUUAGUUACUGAAUGGGAUGAAAUAAAACCAUUAGAUAAUGGUGCAUUUUAUGCUCGAUCAAGAAUUUUUGCUAUAUAUGCAUUUGCUUUUGGUCCACAUUGUAAACGAUGUCAAUCAUAUGGGCAAUGGAGUCAUUAUGUAUUACCAGAACUUGUGUUCAGGAAUUAA